AGUCAAGCGUUUAUAUAUCUUGAAUAUUGCAUUAGUUAAUUUUUUAAUAAAUUCGCACGGUUGUGCUUAAAAUUUUUAAAAAUAUCUCCAUAGCUCGAAACAACAGCGUCAGUUUUAUAGUUUUGUUAUACUAUUGAUCGUGUUAAUUAAACUCGGUUCAUCAUUUCGUGAAAUUGUAGACGGUUGUUAGAAGUAUGCCUCCAAAAAAGGGUAAGAAGGGAGGCGGGAAGAAAGGAGGGGGUAAGAAGAAGGGGGGCAAGAAGGGGAAGAAGGGGGAGGAGGAGUUGACCCCGGAGGAGCAGCUGAAGAAAUCGACGAUGGAGAUGCAGAAUCUGAAACAUCAUCUAUCACUCCAAAACAGCCUCUCAAGGCGAACCCAAUCUGCACGUGAUCAACUGAAGACUGACUUCUUGAACCUAACCGACCAAUUAGAAGAGGAGCGAAGUGACCAAUUGGAUGUUCAUAACGAUCUAGCGCGUCAGUUCAAAACAUUUCAGACGGAGAAAAACCUCGUCAUUGACAAUUUGCAACGUGAAAACAUCCAAUUGAACAACGAACUAACAAAUUGCCAACAAGUUCUCGCCAACACAAUUCAGGAAAAAGAUUCCAUCAUUAGGAAAAAAGAGGAUGAAGUUACUGAAUUGAGGAACAAACUGAGAAUUUUGGAGAGCACGUAUCAAAAUAUUUUUGACACUUCAUUGAGAAAUCUGCAAGUUAAUUUGACAAAGGCAAAAGAUCAGUGGGAAAGGUCAUCAAUUGACUUGCAAGACAGAACCAAGGAACGAUUAAAAGAAUUUGGAAUAAAUUUCCAGGAAUUUUAAAGACAAAUUUUCAAAUUAAUAAAAAUUAAAAAGAUUUAGACUAAUAACAGUUUCACUUGAAUGUAA